AUGGAAUCUGAAAUCGCCUCAGAGCAUCUUCCCUUCCUCCGAAUCUACAAAGACGGUCGUAUCGAGCGACUCACCGGCACCGAAAUCAUCCCGGCGUCACUAGACGCAACUAACGACGUCGUUUCCAAAGACGUCGUGUACUCCCCGGAGCAUAACCUCUCCGUCCGUCUCUUCCUCCCUCACAAAUCCACAGAGCUCGCCGCCGGUGACACCAAAAAGCUUCCGUUACUCAUCUACAUCCAUGGCGGAGCUUGGAUCAUCGAGUCUCCUUUCUCUCCCGUUUACCACAACUACCUCACGGAGAUUGUGAAAUCCGCCAACUGCGUGGCGGUUUCGAUCCAGUACCGCCGUGCGCCGGAGGAUCCGGUUCCGGCGGCGUACGAGGACUCGUGGUCCGCGAUUCAGUGGAUUUUCUCGCAUUCCGGUGGAUCUGGUCCCGAGGAUUGGAUCAACGAGUACGCCGAUUUCGGUAGAGUUUUCAUCGCCGGAGAUAGCGCCGGAGGUAAUAUAUCGCAUCACAUGGCGAUGAGAGCCGGUAAGGAGAAGCUCGAGCCUAGAAUCAAAGGGAUCGCGGUUGUGCAUCCAGCUUUCUGGGGAACAGAUCCGGUCGACGAGCACGACGUGCAAGACAGAGAUAUGAGAAGCGGGAUCGCCGACGUUUGGGAGAAGAUCGCGAGCCCGAAUAGCGUGAAUGGCACCGACGAUCCGUUGUUUAACGUGCUCGGAUCCGAAUCGGAUUUUUCGGAGAUGGGAUGCGAGAAGGUUUUGGUGGCGGUGGCCGGGAAAGAUGUGUUUGUGCGGCAAGGAUUGGGUUACGCGGCGAAGCUGAAGAAGAGUGGGUGGGGAGGAGAUGUGGAGGUGGUUGAGGAAGAAGAAGAAGGACAUUGCUUUCAUCUCUUAACUCCUGAUUCUAAAAAUGCUCCUAAAUUCUUGAAGAAACUUGUGGAGUUUAUAAUCGGUUGA